AUGUCUGAGAGCCAAGGCCACUCUCCCAGGAACUUCUACAAUGUCCCACCACUCUCUGCCAUUGUACAUGGGUCUAAGCUCAUAAGCUUUGAAGAUGGAUUUUUUUUACCCAGCAGCUGCCAUGGCAGGACCUGGCUCCUGGACGACUUUCAAGAAACCUGCAGUGAAACUACCAGCUGCAAAGUGCCCAACUGUAAACAGGAACUGGGCACAGAGCAGAGCUGCAUGCAAAGUGCUUGCCUCCCCAGAGUUUUCCAAACAACUUGCUCUAGUUCCAGGCCCUGUGAAAAGACAAUAUGCCAAUCAGGACGUUCCUCAGCAAUGUUGGCGUGUGUUUCUCAGCCUUACCAGUCAGGAAGCAGCCAGAAAGUUAUAGUCCAGAACUGCCAGCCUGUGAGCCACGUGGCAAAGAGUUGUCCACCCAAGACUUAUCUGUCUAAGAGUUGUCAGACUCUGGAAUGUGACCCUGGCCAAUGUCAAUCUCAGAGCCCUGAAUCUGGUUCCUGUAGGCCUCCGGUCUAUGUCGCACCAGGGCCACAACUCCUGGAAUCUUCUUCUAACACUUAUGAGCCAACCUGCUGUGUUACUGGUGGUUUGCAACUGCCUAGUAAGUGA